CAAUUAGCAUUGUAUAAAUUUGAUUCAUCAGAACGUACUGUUACCUUAUGGCAUUUAAUCAAUGAUGUUGGUGGCACAGCGAUAAUCACUUCUUUAUUUUUAUUACGUAUGUUUAUUGGUGUGAAAACAAUCAGUAUAUCAGUGUAUAUUGGUGAUCAACAGAAUUUUUUGCAUCAUUACACUGUGAUUGAUAAAAAAUUCCAAUUGAAACAAACACUGAAUGCAAAUAAAUCUCCAAUAAAAUUUAUGGAACGUGUUUCAAGCCUUUUGUUAGCUGCUUCGGAUAACGGUGAAAUUAGUGUUUGGAAGCAUGAUAAACAUGGCGUUUUAAAUUUGCUUCAUCGUCUCAACGUCUGUACAGAUAUACCGACAACGACGAAUAAUAGUGAUAAUCGUAGUAGUGGUACCUUUGAAAAAUCUUUAAAUGUGACUGGCUUUUUCAGUUUCUAUUCUGGUAAUGAUCUUUUGAAUUUUGAACAUAAACUCUACAAUCCAACUGUUGAAACAAUAGAGAAAUUAAUGGUAUACAAUAUUGCUGAUAAUCAACAUGAUGAUGAUGAUGAUGAUUUGAAUUAUGACAAGAAAGAUCCAGAUUCUGAUAUUACUACAAUUAGUGGUGAAUGCUUAUCAAGUAGUGCUAGUUAUGUAACUGGUUCUGAACAAGAGAUUUAUGAAUGCGGUUACAAAUUACAUGAUGGCAUGGACGAAAAAGACGAUGCUAUCCAUGAACGAUAUACACUUGCUAUUAAUUAUUUAAAAGAUGAACAAUUUCAUUUAUUGAAUUCAUGCAAAAAAGGUUACAUAGUUCAUCGUGAAACAUCAUAUGAUGCAACGAAUCGUUUAUUUUAUGGUAUUUUUCAAUCAUUUAAUCUAUCAUCACAAAUGACUGGAAAUUUCUCUUAUCGAAUAUUUGCACCAAAUAUUUUGCAAUAUCGUGGUACAUUGAAAGGACAUUCCGGAUAUACGCCAUGUGCAUUGUUGACCACUGCAUGUACAACUAAUAAUGAUGAAGAUUGUAUCAUUGCUAGUGCAUCUGGUCUAAGUAUAAAUGAUAUCACUUGUGAUAUUCGUCUUUGGAGUAUACCGCCGAAAAAGAAUCAAUUAAAUUAUCAUCCAAAUCAACAUUUUGGACCGAUCACAUGUUUGAAUCAAUUGAAAAUUACAAGCCACUACAGUAUUUGUAUAUCGGGUUGUAUUGAUGGAAGUGUAAUGUUUUGGUCAGUGACAACAUCCGACACGUUGAAUACAGAAUAUCGGUCACCUGUUGUAGAUAUGAUACAUAAUGAUUAUUUACAAUGCAAACCUUUAGCCCAUGUGUAUUGUUCAGCGGAAAAACCAAGAUUUGCAAUAUCUGAUAUUGCUACACAAAUUUUUGUAUUAGAUCAAUCGAAACCAUUAAUACAAUAUUUGAUUUAUAUUGCUUAUGGUGCCCAAUUAUGGAGAAUGCGAAUCAGAUUGGAUCAAUCUAAUCUGUCCACGGAUAGUAUACAAACUAUAAUUGAACGAUUAUUCUCUAUGACUACUAAUGGGAAAAUGGAAUUAACCUUAAAAGAAUUGGAUGCAUUUUGGUCAUUUGAAUUAGAUACUGUUUGUUCUGAUAUUGGCAG